AUGGCCAACCGAACGGACGUGAGCGCCAUCAAAAUCUUUGGCUCCAAUCCGCAGUACUUAAUAUCGAAUAUUAUACGCAGCAAAAUAUAUGAGAGCCCCUACUGGAAGGAGAAGUGCUUUGCCCUGACGUCCGAAUCGAUCAUCGACCAGGCGGUGAACCUGAAGUACGUUGGAGGAACCUACGGGGGAAACCGAAAGCCAACCCGGUUCCUCUGCUUAGUCCUGAAAUUGCUGCAAAUACAGCCAGACAAAGAUAUAAUCUACGAGUACAUAAAAAAUGAAGAAUUCAUUUAUUUAAGAGCUCUGGGUAUUUUCUACCUUAGACUGAUAGGAAAGAGCCUAGAAAUUUACCAGCACUUAGAACCCAUUUUAUUUGAUUACAGGAAAAUGAGAAUCCGGUUGCAGAAUGGCACCUUCGAGAAAAUGUACAUGGAUGUGUUCGUGGACAACUGUUUAGUUAUGAAUAACUUUUUGGACGUUGAUUUUCCGAGCCUUACGAAGAGACAGGUAUUGGAAGAUAAUGAUUUGCUAGAGAAGGUUAAUUUGGACUACUAUAAAGAGUUGCUAAACAUUCCCUCGGACAAUGAACUGUUUGAGAAGCAAGCAGAGGGAGGGGGGGAGAAGAGGCGGGGAGGAGGUAACACCCCCAGUAGUGGCUACGAAUCGGGGGGGGUUGGCCAUGUAGAGAGGGGCAAAAGGAAAGAGAGAAAUGGGUUCUGGGAGAGAGGCAGGCGCGGGAGCAGUAGAGACAGAGGUAGAGAUAGGAGCUACUCCCGCGAGCGCGAUCGGGACAGGGGUAGGGACCGGAGCUACUCCCGCGAUAGGGAUAGAACCCAACGCCGCGAUCGGGACAGGGGUAGAGACCGGAGAUACUCCCGCGAGCGCCAUAGGGAGAGAACAAAACGGAGAGAAAACAAACUAACUGAACACCGGGGGCACAAAAAAAAAAGACCCUCCUCAGAAGGGCGAAGGAGCUACUCUGCGAGUGAAUCGGCAGAGACUCGCAGGAGGGAGAAGAAGAGGCGACGCGCAGGUGAAGAAAGCGACUCGGAUGAAGAGAAGAGGAAGAAAAAGGAAAAGCGGGAAAAAGAGAGGAAGAAAAAAAAAAGGCAGGAAAAGGACCAUUCUGAUGUUGAGGAAAGUAACAAGGAUGCACUGUCCGUAGAACGAUGGAACAAAAUCAGGAAGGACUUAGGCAUGAAGCCGCUCAAGUGA